AUGCCCACCUGCCCGGCCGGCGCGCCAGGUUUCCUGGUGAGCAGGGCUUGCUACUUCCUCUGGAUUUCCUGUGCUUUCAUUUCGACACUGGUUCAGCCAGGAGCAGAAGUCUUCCGAUGCAGCAGCGGGGUCCUCCUGUCCCCCGACACUGUGUGCGACUUUGAAGAUCAAUGCGGGGAUGGCAGCGAUGAGUGGCAGUGCUCGAAUUAUGAAAGAUGCGACUUUGAGGAUGGGUUCUGUAGGAUGACCCAGGACGAGAGUUGGCUGCUGGGGUGGACAAAGAGAAAUGGGAUGACCAGCCAGUCACCUCCGUUUUAUGAUCACCGUGGCAACACGUCCGCCCAUUUCCUCGCACUUGUCCCCAAAGUGGACUCUACUUGCUCAAACUUAAGAAGCAGAGUUUUCCUUCCCACUAAUAACCAGCAGGCCUGUCAGGUCACGUUUUAUCACUUCUCCGGCCAAGUGAGUGGGACGUUGUUGCUGGGCCUCCAGACUGCAUGUGACAGCCCCGUGCAGCAUUUAUGGCAAAACACGGCCAGGCCUCAAAGUCAGUGGGAGAGAACCGUCGUUGAAAUCAAGAGCCCACAGAGGUUUCAGGUUAUUAUUCAGGGUCAAAUGAUUUCAACUCAUGUGGAGGAUGAAGUCAUAGCUAUUGAUGAUAUAUCUUUCAGUCCAGGCUGCCAGCCUGCAAAUGAUGAAACUUUACCAUGUCAAGAAGCAUCGGGCACCGAUCACGCGCUGCGCCAUCCAGACGCCAGUCUCUGCAGAUUUGAGUCUUCAGGUGGAGAAUCUCAGUUGUGCCAGGCCUGCGGGUUUGAAUUCGACAUGUGCAACUGGGCAUCGGAAGCACCUGCUGGGCAAAUUUCCUGGCUGCGCACAAAAGCAAGUGAGGUUUCUGCACUGGACUCGAGCCCCCAGCAGGAUCAAAGUGGCGAUGGGGAAGGUUACUUUGUGUGGCUAGGGGCUAACGCUUCAACUUCUAACCAUUCGGACAGCAGGGCUCGUCUGAAGAGCCCCGUGUGUCACUGCCCGGGCGAGGCCUGCCACCUUCAAUUCUACUACUCGAUGGAAAACAGUGUUCUGAGAAUAGGACUGUAUAAUAACACGGAAGAAGAAAUAUUUUGGAUAUACAACACAUCAACUCACAGCAAAUGGGUGAAAGCAGAAGUGUUAAUACCAGAAGGUCUGAAGACAUUUAAGGUGCUGCUGGAAGGGGCGCUGCGCGGCGGCCGCGGCUUCCUGGGCCUGGACGGCCUCGGGGUCUGCGCUCGCGGGCGGGCCGGGCCGGAGCCCAGCGCCUGGGGCGCGGCGCGCACUGGUGGUGCGCGGGGCGUGCUGGGGCCCUCAGGGGUCGCGGUGGGACCCGAGGGGGCGCGGGGGGGGCCGCAGUGGGUGCGCGUGUUCUGGCAGGGGCCGCAUUGGGUCGCGGGUGGGGACCCGGGGGGCGCGUGGGCCGCAGGGUGGCGCGGGGGCCUCAGGAAGGCGGGGAUCGCGGGGGGCCGCAAGGGUGUGGCGCGGGGCGUGGGGGGCCCUCAUGGGGCGCGUGGUGACCCGAGGGGCGGGGGGGCAGCAGUGGGGGCGCGGGGCGUGGGCAGGUUGUCCUCAGGGGUGCGCGUGGUACCCGGGGGGCGCGGGGGCCUCAGUUGGUGCGCUUGGGGAACCCGGGGGAUCGCGGGGGGCCCGCAAGGGGGGCGCGGGGCGUGCAGGGCCGCAUGGGGGCGCGUGGACCGGGGGCGCGGGGCUCAGGGUGGUCGCGUGGGGACCCGGGGGGGGCGGCGGGUGCCGGGUGGACCCGGGGGGCGCGGGGGGCGCGGGGCGUCUCCGAGCGAGGUCAGGCCCCCCUACAGGAACUUCGUGAAGCGCGUUUUGAAGCCCGGGAGAUCCCGCUUCUCUGGAGUGAUGAGAGCGCUCGCUGAUCCUGCCUGCAUCGUUGCACACAAGGGGAAAUGUGGCCAGUUGUUUGGAGUGUUCCGAACCCUAGAGGGGAGGACAGAGAAGGGCGAUGCCCCACCUGGCACAGGAGCCCUCGGUGAGGCUGGAAAAGGUGCAGCUGUUCUGGGAGCUGCAGAGCACCGGGGACCAAGGGGAGCGGUGGCGGCUAGGUUUAUUGGCUCAUGUCGCCGUGUGCGUUCUCCCUUCCUCCCGCCUCACCUGUGUACUUCUCCGUGUGAACAGCAUCUCGCCCCCCGUGUGACGCUGGGGCUGCUCUCUGCGGCUGGCGGCCGCUGCUCCCGGGAGGCCCCCGCUGGGAAGGAGCGGACGGAGAGGCCCCUGAGGACCACCUUCCUCCCGAAGCCAACCGCACGGCUCCGGAAAAUCGGGAACUUGGUGCGCAGGAUGGAAGCCAGGCGCCUGCCUUCGGGGGUUCUGGGCCUGGCAGCUGAAGCAGGUCAACGAGGAAUCUCAGUAGACAGGACAGCCGUCCCGGGGGAUGGAGUGAUCCACGGGGCUCAGAGAAGCUUCCGGAAGGAGCUGACUCCUGAGCCAUUCUGGCUGCGUGGAGGGCGUGGAGGGCGAAAGGGUACAGAGAGCACCAACGUCCUGGCAUGUCAUGGUGCGAGACGGAGGCCUGAGCCCGAUGCCCAAGGGAAGCUGCUGCGGGGCGUAUCCUGCCCGACCUCACCCGGCCAUCGGCCAUCGCAGGGUGGCGACAGCCGGGCCCCAGGGUCAUCCCGAGUGAACUUAGCAGAUGAGGAGGAUGAAAUCGAGGACCAGGGUGACACAGAAGGGAGGGGGUGGAGGUCUCUGAGCGCAGGGGGGCCCGGGGAGCCCUGUGGAGCGCACCGCACUGCAGCCAUGCGUAAUCGAUCGCAGCUUUUGAGCGCUUUGUUCUCUGGGAGUUUUCCUCACACAGGAUCAUUUAUUUAUUUUAGGGCACAUCAACCCCCUGGGGUGGCCAAGCUUGGAGGUCCUGUCCUGAUACGGUUGCUCGCUGCCUCUGCCCCAUGCCAGCUGCGGUUCUGGCAUUGGUUGUCUCUGCACUCACACCUCGCAGUUUUUACAAGAACGUCACUGGGAGGCGAGUUGCAACAGCAAGGACAUCUCAUUGGGGCCACCAACCCUCAGUGGGACCAAGCAAACAUCCUUCUGUAUGCAAAGCCUGGAGAAUCGACACUACCUUUUCAGAUAAUUUUAGAAGCUACUGUCUUAUCAUCAAAUGCUAUGGUUGCUCUAGAUGACAUCAGUUUAUCCCAGGAAUGUGAAGUUUCAAAUAAGUCACUGCCAGACACCAGCAUGCAAAACCAAGUUUCCACAUGCGAUUUUGAGACCAACAGCUGUGGGUGGUUUGAAGCGGUCAGCGGUGACCACUUCGACUGGAUUUGGAGUUCCCAAAGCGACCUUCCCACUGAGUUUGAGCAACUGGCCCCACCUUGGGAUCACACACUCCACACGGCUCAAGGGCAUUUUAUGUUCAUCCUGAAGAAAAGCAAUGUCUUGUCACAGGUUGCUAAACUCCGGAGCCCGACGUUCCAGCAGACGGGACCCGGAUGCAUGCUUUCCUUCUGGUUUUAUAACUAUGGCUUUUCCGUGGGGGCCAUGGAGCUGCACCUGCACGUGAGCCCCGCUGAUGACGUGACGGUUCUCUGGAGGGUGCUGUACAACCAGGGUGACAGCUGGUCUGAGGCCACCGUGCAGCUUGGGCGCCUCGCACAGCCCUUCCACCUGUCCCUGGACAAGGCCAGCCUGGGCAUUUACGAUGGGGUCUCGGCCAUCGAUGACAUCAGGUUUGAGAACUGCACCCUUCCCCUCCCGGCCGCAAGCUGCGAGGGGCCCGACAGCUUCUGGUGCUGGAGCUCCAGGGCAUGCGUUGAGAGGCUCCAGCUCUGUGACCUGGUGGACGACUGCGGGGACGGCUCCGACGAGGCCCACUGCGCUCCUGAACUACAAUGCGACUUUGAAAGUGGACUUUGCAAUUGGGAGCAGGAUACGGAAGAUGACUUUGACUGGACCAGGAAUCAGGGACCCACCUCGACCCUGCACACGGGCCCCAUGAAGGACCACACGCAGGGCACGGCCAAGGGCCACUACCUCUACAUCGAGUCCUCGGGGCCCCAGGGCUUCCAGAGCAGGGCCGCCCUCCGCAGCCCGACCCUGGCGGCCACCGGUGCCCAGGGCUGCGUCUUCCGUUUCCAUUACCACAUGUUUGGGAAGCACGUCUACAGGCUGGCCGUCUACCGGAGGGUCCGCAGGAAUGCCUCGGGGCACCUGCUGUGGCACCUAUUCGGGGAUCAGGGCAACAGGUGGAUAAGGGAGCAUCUCAACGUUUCCAGCCUGCAGCCUUUUCAGAUUGUGGUGGAGGCCUCAGUGGGUGACGGCUUCACUGGAGACAUUGCAAUCGAUGAUUUGUCGUUUCUGGAGUGCACCUUCUACCCCGGUGAUUUGCCAGUGGACCUGCCAACUCCACCAGAAACUGCAGUUCCAGUAACGUUACCUCCUCACAACUGCACAGACAGUGAAUUUGUCUGCAGGUCCAGUGGCCACUGUGUUGAAAAGAUUCAGAAAUGUGACUUUAGAUUUGACUGCCCUGACAAAUCAGACGAAUCAUCCUGUGCUACGGACGUCUGCACCUUUGAAACAGGAAACCUGUGUCAGUGGUACCAUCCAGUCCCUGUAAAUGUAAUUCGCGAUUCGAACACGUUCCGAUGGGGGCUGGGCCAGGGAAGCAGCAUCCACCACGGGGAGGAGAACCACAGGCCGUCCGUGGACCACACAACGAACACCAAAAAAGGCUGGUACCUGUUUGCUGACAGUUCCAGUGGGAAAUUUGGGGACGUGGCUGACAUCCUCACUCCUGUUAUCUCACUCACGGGACCACAGUGCACCUUGGUGUUCUGGACUCACAUGGAUGGGGCCACGGUGGGUUCUCUCCAGGUGUUUAGGAAGAAAGGCAAUGCCACCUCCAAAUUGUGGGCUCAAACUGGACAGCAAGGAGCACGCUGGAAAAAAGUGGAAGUGUUUUUAGGCGUUCAUUCGCACACACAGAUUGUCUUCAGGGCCGUACGUGGUGUCAGCUACAUGGGUGAUGUCACCGUAGAUGACAUCUGCUUUCAGGACUGUCCGCCCUUGCUCAGCCCUGACAGGAGGUGUGGUGCCGGGGAGUUCACGUGCGCUAACCAGCACUGCGUUCCGCAGGACAGGCUGUGUGACUUUGUGGACGACUGCGCUGACCGCUCGGACGAGACUGCUUUCCUUUGCGGAGCCUCCGGCGGGCGCUGCGAUUUUGAGUUUGAUCUCUGUUCCUGGGAGCAGGACCAGGAUGACGACUUAGACUGGAACCUGAAAGCCAGUGGUGUCUCCUCCGCGGGCUCGGAGCCGGUGGCCGACCACACCUUGAGAAACUCGUCUGGUCAUUACAUCUUCAUCAAGAGCCUGUUCCCUCAACAGCCCAUGAGAGCAGCCAGAAUUUCCAGCCCAUUCAUAAGCUGGAGAAGCACAGACUGCAAGAUCCUUUUCCACUACCACAUGUACGGACACGGCAUCGGAGCCCUCACCUUGAGGCAGGUCUCCCUCUCCAACCACACGAGGGUCCUGCUCAACCUCACUGGAGAACAGGGCAACUUCUGGCAGAGGAUGGAGCUGCCGCUGGUCGCCGACGAGGACUUCCGGCUCGAGUUCGAGGGCAGCGUUGGAAAAGGCCACCGGGGUGAUAUUGCACUUGAUGACAUCGUGCUCACCAGGAACUGCCUGUCGCCGCAUUGGUCCACGGAAGAGGCACCGGCAGAGCCCGUCCCCACAGGUCACUGCCCCCUUGGUUAUCAGGAGUGUCGGAACGGCGAGUGUUACAGGCUGGAGCAGAGCUGUGAUUUCGUGGAUGACUGCGGAGAUGACACUGAUGAGAACGAGUGUGGCGGCUCCUGCACUUUCGAGAGGGGCUGGUGUGGUUGGCAGAACUCCCUGGCCGAGAACUUCGACUGGGUCCUGGGGGUCGGCGCCCACCAGAGCCUCCGUCCCCCCGAAGACCACACCCUGGGGAAUGGGAACGGGCACUUCCUGUACCUGGAGGCGACCCCGAUGGGCCUUCGGGGACAAAAAGCCCACCUGAAGAGCGCCUCAUGGCCAGAAUCCAGCUCCACCUGCACCCUGAGCUUCUGGUACUUCAUCUCCGCAAAGGCCACGGGCUCCAUCCGUGUCCUCCUCAAGACAGAGAAAGGCCUUUCGAAAGUGUGGCAAGAAGCUGAGCAGAGCUCCGGGGAGCGUUGGCAGAAGGCCGAAAUCCUGCUGGGAAAGUUAAGGAACUUUGAAGUCAUAUUUGAAGGCGUCAGAACAAGGGACUUGGGAGGAGGAGCUGCAAUUGACGACAUUGAAUUUAGAAACUGCACAACCGUUGGAGAGACUUCUGAGAUUUGCCCGGAGGCCAAUGACUUUUUGUGCCACAAUAAGAAGUGUAUCCCGUCCCACCUCGUCUGUGACUACAAAGCAGACUGUGCCGACAGCUCGGACGAGGCUCUCUGCAGCCGGUAUACAAGUACAUCAGGAAGCUGUAACUUUGAAACAACUUCAGGACCCUGGACCACAGCCUGUGGUCUCACCCAAGACCCUCAAGAUGACUUGGACUGGGUCAUUGGCAGUGGAACUACCGUGGAGGCUUGGGGUCCAGAUUCUGAUCACACGCCAGGCAGUGGACAGCACUUCCUGUAUGUCAACUCGCUGGGUCUGAAAGAAGGCUACACUGCAAGAAUCACUACUUCUAAAUACUUCCCAGCAAGCCUUGGAGUGUGCAUUGUUCGGUUCUGGUUCUACAUGGUUGAUCCAAGGAGGAUGGGGCUAUUAAAGGUGUACACCAUCGAGGAGUCUGGACUCAGCCUCCUGGUGUGGUCAGUGGUUGGAAACCCAGGAACGGGGUGGACGUAUGGCCACGCGUCUCUCUCCAGUAACAGCCCCUUCAAGGUGGCAUUUGAGGCCGACUUGGGUGGAGCCACAGACAUCUUUAUUGCCCUUGAUGACAUCUCUUUCACCCCAGAAUGUGUAUCUGGAGGCCCUGUUGCCAUCCAGCCAUCGCCCUGUGCAGCUGAUGAGUUUUCCUGUGUCUACACACUCCAGUGUGUCCCUCUCUCGGGGAAGUGUAAUGGGCAGCAGGAUUGCCAGGAUGGAUCCGAUGAGAUGGCCUGUCCUACCAGCACCCCUUCUCCGCUCUGCGGUGCAAUGGAGUUCCCGUGCUCCAGAAUCGGCUGUAUCCCAUCCCUCCUUCAGUGUGACGGCGUGUCCGACUGCCACUUCAAUGAAGACGAAUCUGGCUGCCCCAAUGUGACCUGUUCCGAUGGCACUCUGGUGUGCCCCCGCUCCCACGGCUGUGUGCCCGCUCACCAGCGCUGUGAUGGUUUUGUUGACUGCGAUGAUUUCCAGGUUGAUGAGUCCAGUUGCUCAGAGUGUCCAGAAAGUUACUGCAAAAAUGGCGGGACAUGCGUGGCGGAGAAACGCGGCCCUAUGUGUCGGUGUGCACAAGGCUGGAAAGGAAAUCGGUGUCACAUCAAGCUUAACCCUCCCUCUGCUACAGAUUUUGCAUUCCCUCAGAAUACUUUAUGGACUGUCCUGGGUGUUGGCAUAGCUUUCCUGAUGACUCAUAUCGCAGUCACUGUCUUCUGUUUUCUCGCAAACAGAAAACUGCCAGCAAGGAAAACUGAAGGACGUGUUCACUGUGCGUUUGUCAACCCAGUUUAUGGGGAGUGGAAUGUCCCAGAGAAGACAGAGAGCGCUGCACACUCCUUCUGCAAUCCGCUCUACGGCACCGCGCCGGGAGGCACCGAGAGCACGCCACGUCGCCUCAGCUAG